AUGCUGCGCGCGACGUCUCGCUUGGGUAUCUACGAGUACCAGUUCGGUCAGCCUUCGCUGAGGAGCGCCUUUAGCACCAAGAUCGCGCGGACUACCAAGGCACGCAGCCCCGGCACAGUGCAGUCGACAAGGCUAGCAAACGGUGUGCUUGUCGUGUCGCACGACCUUGACGGCCCGGUCACGUCCAUCGGCGUGUACGCGGAUGCAGGGCCAAAGCACGACCCCAUCGCCACCCCCGGCCUGAGCUACGUCAUGCGCUUUGCCCUGCAGACCUCCAACAUGGAUAGCUCCCUCUUCCAGAUCGACCGCACGAUGCGCUCCACGGGCAACGCGUACGGGCACGGUGAGGUGUGCAAGCGCUAUCUGAGCUGGAAGGCGGAGGGUCGCCGUGACAUGUGGGAGAAGCCGUUCGAGAUGCUCGCCACCGGCGUCGUCGCGCCGCGCUUCCACGAAAGUGAUGUUGAGCGUUUCCGCGACACGAUGGACAACCAGCUGGAGGAGAUGCGCUGGCAGAACCCCCGCGACUACGCCGUCGACCAGCUGGAGACGGUGGCCUUCUACAAGGAGCCCCUCGGCGCGCCGCGCAUGGUGCCUCGCAUCGCAAACGACCGCUGUAACCACAAGGUGCUGCUAGACCACUGGGCCGCGAACUUCCAACCCAACCGCAUCGUCGUCGCUGGGGUAAACGUGCCGCACGACGCCCUGAUAGCCGCCUACGAGAAGCUGCCGUAUAAGCACUCGGCCGAGGCCCCGCACCACGCGCGCGCCGCCGCGCCGAAGCUGUCCCACAGCAACGAGGUGGCCCAGUUCUACCCGGGCCGGCAGAAUGUCGAGUAUGAGAGUCGCGCCGCUGCGAUGGGCACAGUGCCUGACAUGCAGGCGGAGGUGGUUGGCGCCGUCGGCGUUCCGACCUAUGGCCGUGACGAGGGCACCAAGCAGUACGCGACGGCGCUGGUGACGCGCGAGAUCUACGAGGAGGCGAUGCGCAGUGUUCAUGGAAGCCAUGCCGGCCCGCAGUACUACGGCGCACAGGUCUUUUACCGCCCCUACUCAUCUGCUGGUCUGAUCGGCUACACUGUGCGCGGCGCGCCGGCAGCGAUAGAGAAGAUGCUCCAGGUCGCCUCCAGCGCCUUUCCGGCCUCCGUUGAUGAGGCGGCUGUGAAACGCGCGACCCACUGCGCGCACGUGCGCCUACUGCACGACCAGGUCGAUAUGACACGCGACUACUGCGAUUUUCUCGCCACGUCACCCCACUCGGUGGAGGCGCUCGUGCAAGCGAUCAGCGGUGUCACGAAGGCCAACGUGGAGGAGGCGAUGAAGAAGAUCGUCGCGCAGAAGCCGGCAACGUAUGCGAUGGGCGACAGCUUCGUGUUCCCCAUGGUGGCAGCGCUGAACCAUGCUUAG